AUGGAUUCACUGGACACCAAUCCCUUGUCAGCGAAUGUCAGCACAGGAAGAGUGGUCUUGAUGCCUCGUAUUGGUUACACUAUAAUUGCAAUUAUCAUGGCAAUAUCUUGCACUUUAUCAGUAAUUCUGAAUACAACCGUUAUUGCUGUAACUAUUAAGUACAGACAGCUUCGUCAGCCAAUUAACUAUUCCCUGGUCAAUUUAGCCAUAGCAGAUCUUGGAGCAGCCUUGUUGGGAGGAACUCUGAACGUAGAAACAAAUGCUGUUGGGUAUUACAACCUGGGUAGAGUUGGCUGUGUCACCGAAGGUUUUUCUAUGGCAUUUUUUGGCAUUGUGGCUUUAUGCACCAUAGCAGUGAUAGCUAUAGACCGUGCGAUUGUGAUCGGCAAGCCUAUGGGAACACUUACUUUUACCACCAGGAAAGCCAUGAUUGGAGUUGCUGCGUCCUGGGUCUGGUCUCUUGUUUGGAACACUCCCCCUCUUUUUGGUUGGGGAGGAUACCAGAUGGAAGGCGUCAUGACCUCCUGUGCUCCAGAUUGGUACAACAGUGACCCUAUUAAUGUUUCCUAUAUUGUCUGCUACUUUCUAUUCUGCUUCACAAUUCCAUUCGCUGCCAUCUUGGUUUCCUAUGGAUAUCUACUAUGGACUCUGCGCCAGGUUGCUAAAGUUGGAGUAGCUCAACGAGGCUCAACAACUAAAGCGGAAGCUCAAGUGUCACGGAUGGUGAUAGUCAUGGUGAUGGCAUUCUUGAUCUGCUGGCUUCCUUACGCAACUUUUGCCCUGGUGGUUGUGGGUAAUCCUCAAAUCUACAUUAAUCCUAUUAUAGCCACCAUUCCUAUGUACCUGGCAAAAAGCAGCACGUUCUAUAAUCCAAUCAUCUACAUUUUUAUGAACAAGCAGUUCCGCGAUUGUCUUAUUAGGUGUCUCCUGUGUGGAAAAAAUCCAUGUGCUUCCGAUCAAGCGGAUGAAACUGAUCUAGAAGUUUCUACUGUUGCCCCUGCUUCCUCUUCAAGAUGUGGCAAAGUUUCUCCACAGUAGUACACAAUUCAAUAUAUGUAUUUUUAUUGACUUACAGUAGAGCGCUCUGCAUGUUUCCU